UGGUGAUGGACAGGUGUCAGUUUGAGGAACAUCAGGAGAAGGAGGGCUGGAGUGAUGUGGAGGAGGGGCAGGGGGAGGAGCAAGAGGAAGACAAGUUUACAUUUGGUAAAAUGAAGCGUCUUCCUGCAGAUUGGAAACAGCUGUUAGAAAAAGCAUGCAAGUCUUGUUUGUCCAACUAUCCGAAGAGUGAAGAAGACCGGAGUGGUAUUGAUGGCAGCACCAAGGGGAGCAACUCUCGUCAAAUCUAUUCACACUACACCAGAAUGGGCCAAAGAAAAAUACUACAGAAACUUGUCAACAGCGUGUCAUAAGAAAUAAAAGUUUUAA